ACCUCCUAAUCGGUGCCCUUAAUGGCUUGUGUUCUGGAGAGAGAAAUAAAACCAGACACAAACAAGUCCAGAAUACUGUACUACUAAUAUUUAUAUAUACACACACAUACAUGUAUACACAUAUAUACAGAAUCAAUAGAGGUCCAGAGAUUGUGUAAAGAGAGAUGGAACAUCAUGAGCAAGAGCAGGAGCAUGAAGUGUACGGAGGAGAAAUACCCGAUGAGGGAGAGAUGGACGCCGAUAUCGAUAUGUCCACUGCUCCUGAGGACGAUCCUAACUCCAAGGACUUGGAGGACAUGAAGAAAAGGCUUAAAGAAAUUGAACAAGAAGCCGGCGCUCUUCGCGAAAUGCAGGCAAAAGUCGAGAAGGAGAUGGGCACCGGGCAAGAAGAUUCCCCUGGCGCCUCUGCUACUCAAGCUGAAAAGGAAGAGGUGGAUUCGCGGUCAAUAUAUGUUGGUAAUGUAGACUAUGCAUGUACACCUGAGGAAGUCCAGCAGCAUUUCCAAUCCUGUGGAACAGUUAAUAGAGUGACAAUAUUGACAGACAAAUUCGGUCAGCCCAAAGGAUUUGCCUAUGUGGAGUUUGUUGAAAUUGAUGCUGUUCAAAAUGCUGUUCUUUUAAAUGAAUCUGAGCUCCAUGGCCGUCAGUUGAAGGUAUCUGCUAAACGAACUAAUGUUCCUGGAAUGAAACAGUAUAGGGGCCGCCGCCCCAACCCAUAUUUUGGCUUUCGCUCCAGAAGACCCUUCAUGCCUGGACCACCUUUCUAUCCUCCAUAUGCUUAUGGAAGGGUUCCAAGGUUCAGGCGUCCUGUGCGGUACAGACCAUACUGAAGAUCAGGGAUCUUGUUUGACUCGCUGCCUAAGUUGUAAAGCAGCAGUUGCCAUGUUCGGCUUAUGAUGGUUAUAUCUAUUAUUCUGUAAUGUGGAGGGUCAUUUUCCUUGGCACUUGUACCAUCAUUUGCAUGCUAAAAAGAUCGACUUAUUUAAUUUCCCCAUUUUGUCCUGGAGGUAAUAGUUUUAUGUUCUUUAGUUGCAGGCAUUUACUUGCUCUAGAGAUAGAGAGAGUCAGAUAAACAAAUAUUUGUCGUAGUCAAAAACAUUCCCAGAUAUUGUGUUCUCUUGAAUUCUUAGAUACAUGUGAAUUCAAAGUCUGUGAUUGGACAUUUUAAGUUUCUUAGAUUGUUGUA